AUGCGACCUAGACAGGCUGACAACGAGAACAACGAAGAUGCAAAAAGUACCAACAGCACCCUGGUUAAUGCUGGCAUGAAUUCUGCAAACGAACAGGAUGAUGAUGCGGAGCCCACGCAGGACUCGCACACCAAUGGCUUUAGACAUCAAGGCGGGCCCGCAGAUGCGGACAGUGAAGAGGAUGAAUGGCACACGUACCGACAUGGCUUUGAUCUUGACUUUGACGAGCACGGUCUCCCACCGGAGCACGUCUACUACAUGUUUUACACUGAUAAGCGUCAUGAGGUCACUACUGGACACAAUGCAGAGAUCACGCUUCGUGAGUGGGAGCCCCUGCAGGAUUGGCGCAUGCGGGAAAAGCUAAAGACUAUCUCUGUCGCUCUAGUCCUUUGUCUCAACAUCGGCAUCGACCCUCCAGAUGUUGUUAAAACAAACCCAUGUGCCAAACUGGAGGCUUGGAUCGAUCCUUUUGUACUUCCUGUACCGAAAUCAUUAGAAAAUAUCGGCAAAGCAUUACAGGCACAGUAUGAAGUCUGGCAGCCUCGUGCUCGAUACAAAGCGGCAUUAGAUCCAUCGAUGGAAGACACCAAAAAGCUUUGUUGCGUGCUGCGACGCAAUGCAAAGGAAGAACGCAUUCUGUUUCAUUAUAAUGGGCAUGGAGUACCCAAACCCACGUCCAGCGGCGAGAUUUGGGUCUUCAAUAAGAAUUAUACCCAAUAUAUACCCGUCUCUCUGAUGGAUCUUCAGAGUUGGCUCGGAUCACCUUGUAUCUACGUGUACGAUUGCUCUGCUGCUGGAAACAUCCUCCUGUCCUUCAACCGUUUCGCAGAAAAACGCGAUCUCGAAGCUGCUAAGCAGGCAGCCUCACAACCUCCAGGAACCAUUCCUUCACCGCCUCUCAGGGACUGCAUUCAACUGGCUGCCUGCGGACCUGAUGACACGUUGCCCAUGAACCCUGAUCUACCUGCAGAUAUCUUUACAGCAUGUUUAACAACGCCUAUUGAAAUUGCAUUGCGUUGGUUUGUGUUGCAACAUCCUCUCUUGCACAAUGUGACCGUCGAAAUGGUCACGCGGAUCCCUGGAAAACUCAAUGAUCGCCGUACACCAUUGGGCGAGCUCAAUUGGAUUUUCACAUCCAUCACGGACACCAUUGCCUGGAAUGUCCUCUCCCGAGACUUGUUCAAGACUUUGUUCAGACAGGAUCUCAUGGUUGCAGCACUGUUCCGAAACUUCUUGCUGGCUGAUCGUAUUAUGCGAUCACAAAAGUGCACGCCCAUGUCUUCACCAGCACUUCCACCCACUCAUCAACACCCUAUGUGGGAUUCAUGGGACCUAGCUUUGGAUAUGUGUCUCGCACAGUUGCCAGGAUUGCUUCAAGGAGAAGGAGCUGGAUCACCCUUGGAUUAUCAGCCCAGUAUGUUCUUCACUGAGCAAUUGAUGGCAUUUGAAGUCUGGCUGAGCCAUGGUAGCCCAUCCCAUGAAGCGCCCGAGCAAUUGGCGAUUGUCCUCCAAGUAUUGCUCAGUCAAGUUCACCGUCUCCGCGCACUUCUCUUGUUGAGUCAGUUCUUAGAUCUUGGACCAUGGGCUGUGAACCAUGCUUUGGCCGUGGGCAUUUCACCCUAUGUGCUCAAACUUCUUCAAAGUCCUGCAGCAGAUCUAAAACCAGUGUUGGUCUUUAUCUGGGCGAGAUUGUUGGCAGUGGACCGGUCUUUCCAGAAUGAUCUGCUCAAGGACAAUGGCUUUGUAUAUUUUGUCGGUAUUUUGGGCGUCAAUGCAGGCAUGCCGCCGCUUCGAAACGUAUCUGAACACCGAGCCAUGUGUGCCUUCAUUUUAGCAACUUUCUGCAGAGACUUCUCUCAAGGACAACAAGCAUGUUUGAAGCAGCAAGUGAUCCAAUACUGCCUCACGCAUGUUGCCGAUAGCGACCAUCUUCUGCGUCAAUGGGCGUGUCUUUGCAUCGGUCAGCUUUGGAAAAACUACAAUGAAGCAAAGUCGGUUGGUUUACAAUUGGGCGCGCACGAUCGAUUGACACAAAUCUUGACCGAUCCGGUACCAGAAGUUCGAGCAGCUGCGAUGUGGUCAUUGGGCACAUUCAUUAGUAAUUUAGAUCAGAACGAGCAAGUGAUUCAGCUUCAAAAUAACCUUGCCAUGCGCUCUCUCGUAGCUACUACGGACGCUUCCCCAAUUGUUCGCAAAGAGUUAGUCAUCUUUCUAUCCUCUCUAGUCCUAGACCAUUCAGACAGCUUUGUUCAGGUGGCAUCGGAACUUUUGGCUGCAGAGCAGCAGCAGGUUCCUACAGGUAAACUUGACUCAAAAUCCAAGUUUGCGGAGGAACGCGCGGACAAGAUGGGUCCUCAGGCUGUUUAUUCUGUGAUUUGGAAAGCGUUGCUCUGUCUCUCAGUUGAUUCUAAUCGAGGAGUAGCCGUGGCAGCAUGCAAACUCGUGGACUAUAUUAACUAUCAACUACUCUCCGGACCUGUUGCACAGACAUUGACACCCAUGCUACAGCAGCACGCACUUCGCAGCCAAGCACUAUCAUCAUCUUCUACAAACCCGCUUCAAUCAUCAUCGCCCCAGGCAACCCCUGACCGUACCAGUUCCAGCGCUACUCUCAGUCAUCGAACAGCUGCCAAGAUGGCUAAUACACUGAAGCGAUCAGCCUCAUUGGCAGUGACGCUGAAAAACUACAUCCCAGGCUAUUCUAGUCAAUCUAGUGCAGUAGAAGCACCCAGGGUAGGAUUAGGUGGCUUGUCGGGUACCAGUGGGUCCAAAUCAUCACAAGAUGGGGCUCAUUUGUCUUCUGCAGACUCGAGACAAACAAAUGGUGGCGCUAAUGGGACGAAUCGGUCGACUCGGAGCACCGCAUCGCGUCCUCGAUCUGUGCAUGGUGACGUGGGAUAUGUGCAGGCACAAGCGUCACCAUCCUAUACUCCGGUCAACCAAGGGACUGGCGCUGCAGUCGCUAAUGGAGCACUGGAUCCAGAUCAUCCAGAGGCAAAACCACAAUUGGAGUCUGUGUUCUACGACUGGUGUUGCGAAUACUUUUUGGAGCCUCAGAUGAAGGGAGUUGAGGGCGAUGAACCCGGAAGUAUUAAUUACAACGAGCGACUCUGGCGUCGUGUAAGAAAUGAGAAGAUUAUAUAUGAGUGCCACCCACUACGUGAGCAAGCAGGUUUGAGUAAAUGGGACACUAACAUCCAGUCUAUGAACAAUGAGUCGGCAGCAAUGCAUCUAGUCAUGCACUCUUAUGAGCCGCAUGUAGUGAUUGCAGACGAUAAGAGGAAUAUCAGCGUGUGGAAUUGGAGAGAAGGCCAGCUACUAAAUCGAUUCUCCAAUUCGAACCCGAGAGGUACAUCCAUUACAAGUGUCAAAUAUAUUAAUGAGGACGACAUUGCCAUGCUUUUGGUCGCAUCAGGCGAAGGUGUUGUCAGGCUGUACCGCAAGUAUGACGAACCAAAUCAGACUGAUAUUGUGACAUCAUGGCGUGUCCUCACCGAUAUGCUGCCAAGUAGCAAGAGUACUGGGACAAUCACGGAUUGGCAGCAAGGGCGCGGCGCAUUACUGGUUGGAGGAGAUGCAAGAGUAAUCCGAGUGUGGGAUGCUGCUCGAGAGCUGUGUAUUAGUGAUAUCCCCACAAGAUCUGGAGCUCCGGUGACAAGCAUUACAAGUGACCAGGUAUCGGGAAAUAUCUUUGUAGUCGGUUUUGGAGAUGGUGCAGUAAGAGUGUAUGAUCGGCGACAGCCUCAACAUGAAGCAUUGGUGAUGACGUGGAAGAAGCAUAAAUCAUGGAUCCAGAAUGUGCGUAUGCAGCGCGGCGGUUUUCGGGAGCUGGUCUCUGGCAGUGUCGAUGGAACAGUCAAGGUUUGGGAUGUCCGUCAUCAAGAGUCUUUACAAACCAUUGUGGCGCGAGACCCUAUUUCUGCGCUCGAUCUUCACCACCAUGCUCCUGUCCUAGCCUGGUAA